AUUGAUUUGUUUGUGUACAAACAGGUGUAGGCUAUCGUCAGUUGUGAUUCGUGAACAUUCGUGAACAGGGGAAUAUAUUGCACGAAUCUUGAGCGAAAAUGGGGACGAUCAAACUAGAAGGCGUCGAGAUUUAUCCUGCUCAGACAGAGGGCAGCCCAGAUGUGUAUUCAGAAAGUCCAUUUCGCCUUGCUAAAGCGAAAUGGGUGUCAGAUGAUGAGGCGUUGAUAUGCAUUGCCUGCAACCAGAAGUUCAACCAGCUAAGACGCAAGCACCACUGCAGGAUGUGCGGCCGGGUCCUCUGUAGCAAGUGCUGCAAGGAGAAGGUCCCCCUCCCUCAGCUCAGCCUCCAUGACCCGGAGAGGGUCUGCGAUAUCUGUCUGCCCGUGACUGAACUAGUCACCAAGGCUCGGUCCGGCUCAACUGCAUUUCAAAUUGAAGCAUCGACAGGUCUCUUAGAGAAUGUCUGUGACCCCAAUGGACUUCGAAAGGUCGUUGAACUAGGCGGCCUGCAGACCUUGAUCUAUCUGUCAAGGGUCAACGCCCAGCCAGUCAAGAGGGCCUGUGCUUCAGGAAUUCACACGAUGUCUACCCAUCAGCCAUUGCAACAUUUGCUUGCUGAUGCGGGUGCUAUCAAGGCAAUCUGUGGUAUACUUUCCACAGCAGAUGAAAGUCAGGAAACACUCAUCAUUGAUGCAAUAAGUGCCCUUAUGAUCUUUGUCAAAUCACCACAUCUCAAAACAAAAGCAUUAUCUGAUGGUGCCUUACAGCCUGUAUUGAAGCUUUGUGGAAUGCAAGCUUCUGAGGCUAUUGCUCUCCUAGCCGUCCGCACGUUGAAUCUCAUCACAGAACAUGCAGGGAACCAUGCAGCAAUCAUUGAGAACGACAGAAAUGCCUUGCCACAUCUUCUUUCCCUCACCACAUCCAGUGAUGAACAGAUGCAAGAGAUAACUCUGAAGACGUUAGGAGGUCUGUCAAUGGGAACAGACUGGCAUAGACAUAGAAUAGUGCAGGAGGACUUUUCAUCUGGGAGAAAUCUUUCAAGGGUUUUGAGAUCAAGGCCAAAGAACAAGCAAGUCUUGUGUAAUGCAGCAUGUCUGGUAGCCAACCUGGCUACAUCAGAACAAGACCAGGGGUCAUUAUCAGAGUGCGUUGACUCCUUAUGUACCCUCCUGACAGAGUUUCGCUAUCAGAAGGAGCUUCUCAUGCAUGUCGCCAGGGCCCUUGCCAACUUUGCCAAGUAUCGUCAUAAUGCUUUCAGACUUGUGGAACGAUUGCCAGUAAUUAUCACAAUUUGUUUAAAGUCAAGUGCUGAUGAAGUAGUACAACAAGGCACAAGGAUCAUUCUUCAUCUACUGCAACAUUCAGCAGAUUCUACUAUCAACUGUCUCCUCACAGAUGGAGUCACAGACCUCCUUAAAGUCAUCUCUAAAGCACCAGGGAUGGUUGAUGCUAUGCAGAGCUCCCUCCUCCUACAAGCUGCUGAGAGAGAAGCGCCCUCUUGAGUUCAGGUUAAGAGUGAUCUAUAUUUUUGUCUAUUCUCUGGAGGUUAAAGACCCACUGUACUUAUUGUAGUACUUGCUGUUAUGUUAAUUGAGAGCUAAGUUGAUGAGAUAGCCACCUGUCAGUGACCACGCUGUGUGGUCUAAUCCCUCCUGGCCAAACUAGUACAGACUGCCUUUAACUGACAGUUCAACUAUUGCCUGUCUUAUCAAUGUAUGGGCAAGUCCAAGGUAUUUAAUAUUUCGUUGUCUUUUAUGCUAUCAAGAAUAAUUAAAAAGAAAGAAAAACUGAAAAUCGCAAUUGCAGUUUUCCCAGUUAUUUGGUGAGAUUCAAGCUUUACAGUAGAGCUGUUAAACUUGAUAGCAUCAUCAGGUGAACCGAAACCUGAUUAUGAUGUCAAUAACUUAGUUGAGAAAAUACUGUGGACUUGCCCAUAUAUUGACUUGAAAUGCUAUGUCUAUGAAAGAAAUGUUUUAUAUUCAAACGGUGCCUUUGUAGAACAUCCUUGCUCUCACACUACGUUGUGAACAGUCUCAGUAAAAGAUGCCAAUGAAAAGAGCUUUGGCAAUAGGAAAAUAGUUUAACGUGUACAAUGAAUGACAAGGGCCAACACUGUACAGGAACAAAAAAAUGUGGCAUCCUUAGGUCACAAUGCUGAUAUUUACAAAUACGUGACACAAGCAUGCAUAUCAUUAUAUUUUGCUGCAUAAUUUUCUCUUUUUUAACUCCAUUUCAUUGCCAAAAGUUUUAAUGGAUCUUGUGGUUAACCAUGUAUCAGCCAAUGGUUAUUUCAAAGUGUUAGUUGAACUAUCAGAGUAGUGAUUUCUUUGUUACUUGAAUAUCAUGUUUGUCUAUGGCCAUAAAGCACAUCUGCAUAUAUUCUAUUCAUGUAAAUAAACAUGCAAGUAGAUAUAAUACUUAUAUUUUUUUUCUGCUAUGAGUGAGACAAAUUUUCACACCUUAGAUUAGUUAACAUCCUUUUGACUCUCAGUUAAAAACAUAUUAAUAGAUUCUUGCACAUCUACAAGUAUAUAGCACUCAUAUCGCUGAAACUCUUGGCGCUUUGACAUUAAUACAAUCUGGAUUUAUAGAGCUUUUAUGAAAUACCAUGUCUAAGUGCUUUACAGAUGUCAUUACCCGGUCAUUGGAUUCAUUCAUGCACAAUGUGCACCAUCUCCACUCCCUGGGGCGUGUUCCUACCAUAUGGUCACUGUGAGGGUAUAUGGCAAUUACCAACUC